AUCACAGACUUAUUGAAUAUUUCAACUCCAAGCUCUCUUUAUAGCAAUAACGUAAUGCAGACUGUAGAUAGUGUGUAAAAAUGCUAAAAAAACUGUUUUUUUCCACAAAGUAUCGCCCAUUUCGUUAUAUUAAAAUGCAUUUGGAUGAACGUUUGUGGGAAGCCAACCAUCGGAAUGCUUAUAAGAACGGACAAGGAAUUACAGGACGAAGUCAAGUGCUGUGCAUGGUUGGUGUACGCUAUAGGAUAGAAACACUGGCUGACGAUUUGUAUCCCGAAGGACUUUAUAAUAUUACAGCGACCGAAGCUUACAGACAGAUACUAACCUCCGAAGACCCAAAAUUUGCAAACCGCAGCUGCAUUAUAGUAUUUCGUCGAAGGAUUAAAAGAUACAAUAUUUCUGUUGAGGAUUUUGUAUCAGUAAUGGGGGAAAUUUGCGCGAGUAUGACUUUUAAAGCCGCCAGUGGAAUAUCAGCAUUCGCGUUGACAACUCUUAAAUAUAACGAUUUGGGAGCUAUUAAACGAAUGUUUGGUAUUUUGGGUAUCAGUUCGAAUCCGGAUGAAGUAAGAAUAAAAGCUGUGCAAAUUGUUUUGGAACCGUUGCCGAUGUUGCCUGAAUCUGAAGGUCCUGCUUAGUGCUUCCUGAAUGAUUAUUUUGAUUAAAACUACACUUUUUUGCUCUUGUAAUUCUAUUGAGAAAUGAACACCUACAUAUAAGUAUAUCAACAUUAUUAACUUAAAAAUGAAAAUGAUUUCAACUAUAAUAGACCUCGUUUUCAGCCAUCAGGAAAUACU